AUUUGAUUUCGUCCAUAGGUCAAAUUUGUCAAUUUUGCCUCUGUUAUUCCCCAUUUUGCUCUUGGCAGUUGGUGCUCGAGGCGCAGCGAUUUCUGGAGAGGGAAACGGAGAGGGAGACGCUAUCGACAGAUGGUGUGCGCAAUCUGCCAUUCGCAUUGUGAGAGUGACAUUGAGCAGACUUUUCGCAUUGUCAUCCGUGAUGACUACGAAGCUUUAGCGAACAUCCCAUGCACUGCAAGGAAUAGGUUUAACCAGAUGUCUGGGUUGAACUUUAAGGCGGACGGUCGCAGGUACGUUGUUGAUGUGUACAGGGGACACAAAACCACACUGAUCGGAGGUGAUGAUUGGGCCAAGUUCAAGCAUGACUUCGACGUGGGGCAGGGCAAUGUAGUUGUUUUUGACAUGACUGGACGAACAGCAAAGGCAUAUGUGGCUGGAGUCGAGGCUGAAGAACAGGGAGGAGCUGCUGAAGAAGUUGUUGCAGUUGAUGAAGAGGAAGAGGUGGUCAAUGAUGAUCACGGGCUUGAAGAUGCACUAGCGUUUGUGAACACCAGGGGUUUUGUCUUUGAGGAUGGUGAAUACGCAAUGAUGGAGCUCAUACUCACUAUCCAACAUUUAUACAUUGGCCCACCUUUUGUGCAUCGUCUGACGCCCACGAUCAUUGCAGGCAAGCUGAUGAAAAUCCCCAAGAAGGUAGCUCAACCACUGAACUUGGACACAGAAGGUGUUCUUGGCCUUUGCAUGGGUGUGGGAGAUGUUAUGCAGGUUGCGUACCACACGGACCGUGACGGACGGAUCGUUUUCAACCAAGCCUGGGGUGUUUUUGUAGCCCAGAACCACCUCCAAGUGAAUGAUGCUGUUGUGUUUAACUUUAGGGAGAUCAAUGAAGAACAUAUCAACCUAGUAUGCGUUGUCAACGCUUUGAGGCCUGCAGAACCAUAAGGAUGGGGGUGAUGGAGAUUUUAGUGCCAGCAUUUUUUAGUUUAUUACCUCAUGUCCAGAACCCUUUUUAAUGGUGUGGCAGAAGCAAAAUGUUUUUACCGGUGCUACCGACAAUGUGCUAUCAUUUUUUUUACUUUUCUUUGUUUUAUGAGGUGGUUAUUUAGAGAUGAAUUUGUCAAGUUCCUAUGUUGUCCCACCAUGACCUAUGACCUGGGAAAUGCAGGACUUUUGAACUUA